AUGUAAGCAGCUAACAGCAGCAGCAGUGCCAACAACAUAGGAAAUAAUCAUCCUUAGAUAAGGAAGCAGGGGCUUUAAAGCAAGUCAAAUUACCCUUCAGGGCAUAAUCUAAUGUCCUAGAGUUAGUCCGUGCCAAACCUAGGUGCUGGUAUGAAUAUAAAUAGUCAUCUUUCUCAAAAUUUGAAAAAUGCUUAAAGCAUCGAUAAAAAGCUAAAUAACAAUUUCAACAUGAGUGAUGAGUAGGCUAUAAGCUUAAAUCUAAAUGGGAAGAAGACUACCAAGUAGAGCAACAGAAGAGAUCCAAGUGAGUAAUUCAACCCUGCCGGCACUUUCAACAGAGGCUAAGCUAAUUUUAGAACGCCUGUAGGUUUCUCGCCUGAUAGGAUUACUGCUUUCUAGGGAGGUGUCGAUGACUAAUUACCCCCUGGCCCAGAUUUUUCAAUGAAUGGAAAUGGCAUAUCUAUCGCUUAGUCAAGCUAUAUGAAAAAGUCUAAUAGCAAAAUGGGGGGUUUCAAUCAAGGAAUGGGAAGUCCCAUGAUAUAAAAUCAAGCAUAAAUGAUGAAAGGAUCGAAUUCAAUGAGAAAUUUGGCAGCUUAAUAGCAACAAAACGUAAUAGGCAAUCCAAAUCUGAGAAACAGCUUCAACUAAUAACAGUAGAAUCCAGCUAUGACUCCAUAGUUCUACGGGAAUCAAGUCAAGUAAUCUUCUAAGCUACUUAAUUCAUAGUCUGAGAGUAAAUUGAAACAACCUAAGGAUACUCACGGAACUUCUACACCUGCAGUAGGCACAACAGGUCACUAUAGGAACCAGAGAAGUGCGAUAGAGAAUAAUGCAUUUCAAAAUUUCAACUAAGGGGAAAGAUAAGAUACUAUAAAAACACCAUAAAUUAGAGGAGGAUUGGUUCCAGUCCCAAAUGUCAAUAUUAACAUUAAUAGCAGUGCUAAACUAUAAAACAAUAUAAAUAUCAACAUCAUAAAUCACAAUAUCUAGGUCAAUAAUAGCAAAAACAAUAGAGUGUUCAACAAUUCAAGGGAAAAUUAAUUUGGUCUUUCAGCUUAAAAUAUGAUAUAGCAGUAUUAAAUAGGAAGGUAGCAAAUUCAGCCAGAGGGGCCAGCUCCACGAUAAAAGAAAUAAAAGAUAAAUGGUUUAAUAAUUGACCAUGAAGAAUCAGAUGUUGAGUUGCUUGAAUACUAAAAUUAAUUACCAGAUUUCAAGUCAGGAUCCAAGCAGUCUAACAGUAAGGCGGGGAGAUCACCUGGAGUAGUCCCAAAUGACUCCGUUAAUAAGAGUAAUAGCUAGCGAAGAAAUAUCAAGUCAGGAAAUUAGAAUGUCCCGAUCGGGGGAAAUUCAUAGAUUUGGGCCUAAUCUUAAAACUAGUUUUAAAAUGACAUAGCUAAUUAACAGUAGCCAAGAUCAUUUAUCUAAAAUAUAGGCUCUUAAGCAUAAAUUUAACUGGCAAACUAAGCUCAAUAACAGUCUAACUAUAAUAUCAAAAAAUAUAAUCCAAAUUAGCCUCCAGUUGAAAUAAUUUAGGAUUAAAAUCUAUUCAGUUCCAGUGUUCAAUAGAUAAAUCUACUCCAGAAUUACAAUUCAGCAGGAAGUAAAGGAGUGCCUUAAUAGAAACCCUCUGGUGGUGUUGCUUAUAAAAAUAAUCAGGCUCAUCUUUUCAAUCCUACUAAAAAAUCAUUCAAAGGAAGCAACAAUUAAAAUUCUCUCACCCAGAAUAACUCUGACUAGGUUAGCAAUAUUAUAAAUAUGAAUGCCAUGUCCUAGUAAAUGCAAUAGUAAAUUCCUUAGUCAUAUCAGCAAUAAAAAUAAUAGUAGCAGAUAGUAAUGCAACCGUAAAAUAUGGGACCAGUUAAAGCCAUGAGAUCUUAAGGGAAUCAAGGUUCAACAGGCUCAUUAAGAAGAAAUGACUCUAAUUCAAGAUCAUUAAGAAGUGGAUAGAUAAUAAGUUCUCCCCAAGCGUUUGGUAUGAAUGACAACAAUCAAUAAAUUCAGGAUCUAGGCUUAUAAGAUCCAAUCCUAAAGUAUGCUUUUAAGUCUAGAGGAGGCUAUAUCCCAAAUAAGCCAUCUAAAACGAAUCAAGAUUCUUACUUUAUAGUUAAAAAUUUCGCUUCAAUAAGGAAUAAUUGGUUUUUUGGUGUCUGCGAUGGUCAUGGUAUUAAUGGGCACUUUGCUAGCGACCAUGUCAAGAAAUUCCUGCCUCAAAAUAUUGAAUUCAUAGACUACAUGGCUGUUAAAAACAAGAUAACACCUAUGAUCGCAUCAAAUAGAACUCCUCAAUAAAAGUCAGGCAAAGCCAUGGGUUUGGCCUCUAAAAAUCAGAGUUAAUCUCGAGGCUAGUCACCUAAUAAUUCCAAAAAUGAAGAACAUAACAUCGAUGAAAAUAGCCAUGAUUCAUAAAACUUUAACUUUGAAAGUUAGUCUUACCUAAUGAGUCAAGACAAGAUGAAACGCCUUGCAAUACUCACUGAGGGAUUUUUGAAAACAAGCUUUGAUAUUAGAAGAAGAAGUUUUGAUUGCAACUAUUCUGGAUCGACUGUAGUCUCAGUUAUGAUAUCAGGCUAGAAACUUAUUUGUGCUAAUGUGGGUGAUUCAAGAGCAAUCCUUGGAAGCUUGAAAUCUAAAAGCAUUUCUCUUAAACACACAGAAAGCAUAGCUUAGUCAAGCAAUCAUGAACCUAAUAAGAUAUGGGUAGCUUAAGCAUUAUCCAGAGAUCAUAAGCCUGAUGCUAAAGAUGAGAAAGAACGUAUUCUUGCCUGCAAUGGAAGAGUCGACACCUUCAGAGAGCCAAAUGGUGAUCCUAUAGGUCCAGCUAGAGUUUGGCUUAAGCAUGAGAAUGUUCCAGGUCUUGCUAUGAGCAGAUCUAUUGGAGACUUUGUCGCCUCAUCAGUUGGUGUGAGCCCAGAGCCAGGUAAUAAAUCAAUAUAUCUUUAAUCUUUUAUUAUAGAGUUUAUUGAAGUUGACUUGAAUGAAGAUGAUAAAUUCAUAGUGAUUGCUUCAGAUGGAGUAUGGGAAUUCAUUAAAAACGAGGAGGUUGUAAAUAUGGUUGUACCUUUUUGGUUACAAAAUAACCCCGAAGGAGCUUGUGAUAAACUUGUGAAAGAAUCAGUUGCGCAUUGGAAAAAGGAGGAUGAGGUUAUUGAUGAUAUAACCUGCAUAGUAGUUUUUCUUAAUGUAAAGACUAAUUGA